AUGUCUGGGUCGAGACAGCGUUACUGCAGGAUUCCAAAAUUGUGUAGCCUCGUGAAGCGGGCUCGGAGCAACUGUUGGGGAUGCAAGCGAAGUCAAGCAAAACCAUGGGGGAACCCUGCGACUGGUCCACUUCCAAGCAGCAAGAAAGUUGCCGAAAGGAAAGCUAGCUUACUUGCAUG